UACAUAAAUGGAAUUUCAAUAUUUUCAUGGAAAUAUAACUAAAGAAAAGUGUGAAGAAUUACUGAGCAAAGUGGGAAUAAAUGGAAGUUUUUUACUACGAGACAGUGAGAGCGUACCAGGAGCUCUUUGCCUGUGUGUUUUUUAUGAACAUCUUAUCUACACUUACCGAAUCUUCAGGAAAAGUAAUGGACAUUUUAUGAUGCAGACAUCUGAAGGUACUCCGAGAUACGUCUUCAGAACAUUAAAAGAUUUAAUUGACAACUACAAAAAGCCAAAUCAAGGCCUAGUAAUCCAUCUGUGCUACCCUGUAAAUCGUUGUCCGUACUAUCAAGAAACUCAGACUGUGUACGUCACUAAAAAGGAAGCAUAUGAGAAUCCUGAUGAUGCUGAAGAUUACAUUAACGUCUUGCCUGAUUAAUCUGUUCACUCCAUUCCAGUGGGGGCGUUCUAUGGAUCACACCCAUACAAACUCUUCUAUUCACUUGACUGGAUUCUGUGUUCAUUUGUACUUUGGAUGUGACAAAUUUAAUGCCAAUUUCUACUUGCUUGCUUGCUUGCCUCUGUGUAAAAGGCACAUUUUGUAAAAUGCAUACAUACUUGUAUUAUCUUUUCAUGUACUGGGUACAUAUAUGUGUCUCUGCAAAUGUUCACUUUAUGCCCCUGAUGAAGUGGAAAUCUGAAAAGCUUAUACCAGAAAAAUGUGAUAGCUUUUUCCAUAAUGCAGUACCUCAUUAUAUUUUCAUUUUAACAGUUUUCCUUUAUUAGCACUAUUUAACUUGCUAUAUUUGAGUCAUAAAUGCAAGGGUCUUUGAUGUUUAUAAAAUACUAAAUUGUUUGUAUUAUUCAAUAUCAUUGCUAUAAGUGACUCUUAAAAACACAAAAAUAUAUUUAAAUCUCAUGGAGUAUACGCUUUAAUGUAACAGAUUUGGUUAACAAAUGGCAUAAGCAUUCAGAAUAAUCACCAAUUAUUAUUUAAUAAGUAAGCCACAUGCUUAACUUAUCAUCAUGCUACAUCACGUCCAAGCAAGGGGCAAAGUUUGGAAAGAUCUGUCACCUUAAUAGCAUAUGCCCUCUCAGAAGACUUUGUAUUUACUAAAAUUGUAUUUUUAAAGAAGACUGUGUACUUCAGGGCUGAAUUGUUGGGUCUCUAGUCUUCUUUGAUUUUCUGUUUCUCCAUAUGUAUUUCUGCGUAACAGAAACCUGCACACUCUGUUCCUCCAUGCAAUGAUGUCACCUAGCCUGCAAAUGAAAUGUCUGCAGGAAGAAAAGAAAGCUCAGAGGACACCAAGAAGCCAACAAUUGUCUGAAUUGUAUAAUUUUAUUUGAGUGAAGUGUGUUGGUCACUAUAGAAGAACAGAUACAAGUACAUAUAGUUUUUUCCUGAUGGUGUUUUUACAACAGAAUUUUACAUUUUGAUCAAUAGUUGCAGGUAGCACGCAGAUGAAUUUAGGGACCUCUUAUAAAAUGUUUUCUUUUUGGUUUAUAUGUGAAAAAUAGAAUGCAUAAUAUCUAGAACUUUAAAUGGGUUACAGUUUAAAAGAGAAAAACAUCAUAAAAAUGUUUGAUUAAUUCCACCAAUUCAUUUUCUUGCUAAAAGCAAAGCCGAUAUAGAGUUUGGUCAUUUCCCCCGUUUCUUUAGUAAAAACAUUGGCAAGUUAUUAAUAUUAAAAAAUAUACUAGAAUGCAAAAAAGAGACAGAAAUUGUAAAAAUUGUAUACAUUCUUUUAACUUAAAUUACAUUGUUAAACUUGAUACAAUUGUAACUUUAAAAAAGGUUAUCCAAAUAACUAAGUGCAUCCUUACAUUACAUUUUUGAAAUAGAAGUAUAAUGGUCUCUAACUGAGUCUUAUAGAUGUCUAUAUUUUUUAUAUAAUUUCAGUGCCAGGCUUUUUUAGUUACCAUCUUCUUUUUUCUGCUAAUGGCUUUUACACUUUUAAAUUAUAAUGUACUCAAGUGUUUUUUUCAAUUCAUUUUAACCAUAAUUUAAUGUGCUAUAAUGUGAAUUGAAAUGGCUUGAUGAACUGUGAAGAAUACAUCUCUAUAAAAAUAAAUGAAGUAUUUUUCCAGAUAACAUGUUUGUUUGUGCAAUGAUUUUUCUUUAGAGAAAUGAAAUAGUUCAGG